UAGGUCUUAUUUUAUAAACAAGUUAAUAUUCUACAUUCAAUGUUCUUGCUUCUUUUAAGUGGUAAAAGAGUUGUUUCUUCAGGCAAUUGCAACUGGACUAUUGAGGGGUGCACAGACCAUUGUUAAGACCCUUUUACGGCAGUCCUUUACAAUGCUACAUAGUAGUACACCUAGCCUACAUCUACCUAGCGUACAUCUUCCUACUAAGAAAUGUUUAACACUUUUCAACACCUUCCUUUUCUCCUUGGUUUGACUUAUUGUCAGCCCAUUGACAAUGCUUUCAUAAUGGCAUAGGCCUAGAGUUCACAGCCUCAGGUUGGCUUUAUGUUAGGCAAUUUCAGCAUGCAGCACACAGCUGUAACUGGAAAACCGACUCUAUCUUCAGUGUUGUGUUUUUUCCUCUAACCCUCUCUCUCUCCCACUCCCUCCUGUGAAAAUACUAUUUCAUUCACCCUGCUUCCGUUCAUUCAUCUAGGCACUGCAGCGUAGCGGACACACGUCGUUCGAUCGACAAGCAAAUUCUUAUCAAUGGAGAAGCCUACGUCAAUGGGAAGGUCUGACGCAAUGUCACGUGGUAAGAGGGGGGCUCCUUAUAAAGUAGUGGAGCUGGCCACGGUGCUGAAAAUAUCUUACCGCCGUGAGAACAAGUAAACAGAAAGCGGCGUCUAUGACAACACAGGAACAACACAAUCACUUCACAGAAGUUGAAUGCAUCUAUACAGCUGACUCACAGGGCUCUCAAGUCGAAAUAAGCGGUUGAAACCAGUCCGUGGAAGCAUAGAGAAUCAAAAUAUACUGGAUCGCGCGGCCCCUCAACUGGUUUGUGACCCACAGCCCUUUUCUCUCUUUCUCUCUCACACAGCAGCCAGCCGCACCGCUUUCUGCACCGAGUCCCCUACGUGUGUGCAUUGUCAUGGUCCGGUGCCAAAUCACAUCAAGUGCCCAUACCUGUUUCCUCCUGUUUGCUCUGCUCGGCCUCUUAUCAAACCUCACAGACAGCAGCCCCAUAAACCCCCCAGACAGGCAGUCCGUAAGUGACCAUAAUGACCCUCUCUACUCCUCCUCGUCCUCAAGCCUCCUCCUCUCCCGCCCAUCACUGCCCACCCUGGGAGCAGAAGAAGACAAAAGGGCUCUGUCAAAUAGAGCAGAGGAAGGUGAGGAGGAGGAGGAUGAGCUCUUCAAAGACGUGGACCCCAAAACAUUAGCAGCUGUCCUCCUGGAGGCUCUGAACAAGCCCCAGGAGGAGAGGAACCGCGAAGGAGGAGGAGCAGGGGAGGAGGAGGCAGGAGCAGCAGGGAAGAAUGUAGAAGAAAAGGGCCAGGAGGUCCAGAGAGAAGCAGGGGGAGGGGAGGAGGAGGAGGAGGAGGAGGAUGAGGAGGAGGAGAGCAUGAGGCAGGAGCUGCGGGAUCUGCAGCAGCAGGAGGCGGUGGACCGUGGCAGAGACGGUCAGGCGGAGCUGGAGCGAGCCGUGGCCGCCGCUAUGGCUCAGGGCAGAGAGGAGCGCCAGCGGGAGGAGGAGGAGGAGCGGAGGAAGAAAGCCGAGGAGGAGGAGCGUCUGACUGAGAAGGUCACGAGUCGCACCACCAGCCAAACGGUGCCCAUGAAGACCAAGACGGAGGCGGACGAAGGGCAAAAAGAGGAGGCGGUCAAAUACGGUGAAAAUCCAGCAGGGGAGGGAGAGGAGGAGGAGGAAGAACAGCUCAGUCCAGAGGAGGUGAAAAACCUGCAGAGCAUGAUGGAGAAGUUCCAGAGCAUCAGCCCCGCUGCUGCAGAGGGUCAGGACACUGCUGAGAAGAUAGGACAGAGAGGGAGCAGAGGAGACGUGGACGACUUUGACAUUGACUACCCAGACAAUGACAUCAGGCCCAAAGGCUUCCGAGGCUACAAGUUGGGCCUUUCCAAGAAGAAGCUCAAGUGGAAGCAGCAGCAGGAGGAGCAACAGGACCAGCCCAAGCCAAAGCCAAAGCCAAAGACCCGGCCGACAUACAAAGGUGGGAAUUUCAUGGACGACUUCAACGACAACGACCGUUCAGAGGAAGAGGAGGAACAGGAGGAGGAGGAGGUGAUCAGUCCGGAGGAGGAGGAGGCGCGGGCCAAGGCCGAGCAGGAGGAGGUGCGCAGACAGGCGGCCGAGGCCCAGCGGGCCAAGGCGGAGGAGGAGAAGCUGGCCGACAUAGCCUCCGACAUGCUACUGCAGUACAUGAUGAAGCAGGAUGGGAGGAAGUCCCUGGCGCAGAGGAAGAACAACGCCUUUGGCAUGAUGAACGCAGCGGAGGACAAGCGCUCCGAAGAGGAGAUGGAGGAGAUGGAGGACGAUGACAUCGACCCGCAGACCAUCGACAAGCUGAUCGAGAUCUCCAGCAAGCUCCACCUGCCCGCUGAUGACGUGGUGGACAUCAUCAGCGAUGUGGAGAAGAAGAAGAAAGACGCUCCGGAGAUCUUGACAAGGCAACGGCCUCUCAUGCCACUCCCGGCCCCUGCCGCCGAGGCUCCGGCUCCUCGCUUUCCCACCACCACGGUCAAGCAGCUUCCUCCCCCCAUCUCUGGCCCUUUCAAGUCCUGGUUUAAAGACAGAGCAACGGUGAAGCCCAGCAAGCAAGACUUUUGGCUGAAAACACAGAGGCAGCCCUUUCGAGCCUACAGCCCUUAUCCCUUUUAUCAAAAAACAUACCCCGGCUACUAUCCCAUCUACUUCCCCCCGCCCAAGCCCAAGCCUCGCUACUACGCCAAGCCCGCCUAUGCCUUCAACCCCCUCCUGGGCAACUCCCUGGACUAUGACUUUGACUUCUCCCCGAAGCGCAGGUACCGCGCCUGGUCCAACCCGCGGCUGCGCACGCCUCCGGCCCUGCAGCGGAACCCCUACUUCCCCAACUACAUCAUGCCUCACCCGCGCAGCUAUGCCGCCGUGCCCAUGCCCAAGCCCCGGUCGGCUGUUCCUCCGCGUCAUCAGCAGGCCUUCUUUUACCCUCCUCCAGCGCCUUUAGUGACGCGCGCCCAAGACUACUACAGCCCCCGAAGGCCACCGGCCGACCAGGACAGUGAGGAGGAGCUGGAGAACUUCAUCGAGAAGGUUUUCCGGAAGCAUCCGCGGAUGUUUCAGUGAGAAGAGGAGAUGAGUCAUACAGCAAAGGGAAGGAGAGGAAGAGAGAAUGAUUGACGGUCUUGGUAAUAAAUUCAAAGGAGCGAUGAAAAUGAGACUGUUUUCCCCACACAGACACAUGCAGUUCUUUUUUUCUUAAAAAAAAAAAAGCGGAACUUCUCAAAUCCGAAUCCCUUUGUUCAUUUAAGCCUUUUGAUCUGAACGACAAAUAGACUGUGCGUGGUGAGUAAAAAAAUCUGUUUGAAUUCUCUUUAGCACUUUAAAUCAAUAUCUCCUUUUCAAGUGACAUUGCUGAUACCUACAGUCAUCAUGCAUCAUGCUCUUCUCACCAUCUCCUCUACCUCUCCAGGUAGACAGAAGGGGAAGAUGGAACGCUGCUGCCUUGUUGAAGAGGUGCAUACAGUACUAAAAAGGUCUACAGUAAACAUGAACUGGACUCCCCCUGCAUCACUUCUCUGCUCUUGUGACUGACAAGAGUGAAAAGAGCAUUUCCCAGGUGACAUUCAUCUCUGGCUUUAUAUCUCAUCGUCGUAGUAGGAGCUGCAUUUUCACAAAAUGGUGCCCUGAUUUGUUCUGUGUCCCCCUUUGUCGCCACUGACCAUGAAACAAAUCUGUCUAAAGUAAGUUUUGUUGUUUUUUUGUUUGUUUGUUUUUAGGUAGUGUCAUUAAAGGCAACCCUUGGGCUAAUAGUAGAUUGUAGUUUUCAACUCAGCAUCUUUUUUUUACAAAGAAGUGAAUAAGCUACAGGUGCCAAAUGUGGGAGCUUGAGGGGGGUGAUGAUAACGGCUGUGUGCAGCUGUUCCUGAAACGCAAAGUAUUCUACGACUCACAACCAUUAUGUCACAUAUAACUCGAACUCACAAUUGUACAUAGGGUUGAACUUUUUUAUUAUGUUGUCUGAGCAGUUUUAAUUUAUUUAAUAUUUCUAUGAAUUUUUAAGUUGUUUAUAAAAAAAUAAAGAAAUGUAAAAUAUUAUCCUGCAAAUGGCAUUCAUACAUUCCAAAAAAUGUUUAUAAAAAGGGACGUUGUGUUAUCUUGCCUUAUCACAUUUGCCCCCUUAAUUAGAAUACAUAUUCUCCCAGGCCACCACUCACAAAUAUGAGCUCUGAGCGCCUGUUCCAGAGGUUACAGUCCCGUACCCACUGUUUGUUCCAGACCGAGUCAAUUAUUAACUGAAAUGUGCCUGCUUAUGUGCACAGAUGGCACUAGUAGAAGUGACUGGGUGAUUUCACAAAAUAAGUGUAUAUUAAUAUUGUGAAAGGCUGGAACGUAUAUUUGUUACAUGACUGUCACUUCUGAUGGCAGGUUACCUGAGUAUAGGACAUGCUCAAGAAAUAUAGUUUCCAGUUCCACAUAAAAACACAAAAUAAGUGGGUUUGCACAGAAUACCAUCAUGGUUAACUUAUGAUUUAGUUGGGGCUUUUUUUAUACAGCAUCUUUGCAAAUAAAAUAAAAUUUAAAAAACAUAACAAAAUACAGAUCAAAAUAAUCUCAAGACAUUAUUUAAUGUGUAGGCCUUUCACAUUUUCCCCCAGAUAGAACAUGGAGUUCAGGAACAAGUGGGUUGUUGCUACGCAACAAACUGACAACGUGACGAAACCAUCAAAGGGCGCCUUUUAACUUGGCUAAUCAGUAUAAUGAAAACUGCAAGAAAGGGAAAAGAAACAAAAUGUUCUAUAAUGUAGGAAUUCAUUUUCUAGUGAAUGAUUUGAAAUACUUGCCUGGUUUGCCAAACAAGGCAGGCACAUUCCAAGACUUGCAAGCAUUCCAUGGAUCAUAAAAUAGGGGGAGAAAUUAUUUAAAAAAAGAUUAUUAAAGACAAAUACAAGGCUGAAUUCAAAAUGACACCACAGCCCUUAGCCCACACGUAACCAUUAAGAAUGCUUAACAUGGAUAGAGUUCUAUGUCUGAAGUUUAUUUGCAUUGUUAAGGACAUGUAUGAGCCUAUACUUUAAGACUAGCAAAACGAACGCACACAGCAAAAUCUACAAUGAGGCUAUUUUUUUGCUGAUUCAAAUGUAUGUUUUGCUUUACAGAAUGUCUAACAUCCAUGUCUCUGUAAUGUACUUUGUACUUGAAUGUGUGUUGUCAUAAAAAAAAGAAAGCAACCACGUGGAGGUCACCACACAUGAUGUGUCUAAUCAAACAGUAGCUUUGACAAUCCAACUACAAUCAAUGGGGAGCAAUGUUUUUUUUUCUUUCCUUCCAUUUAUAGACCAUACAGUUUGUAAUAACACUUCUUGUCUUUCAUUUGACUUAAAUCACUGAAGCAAUCCGAAGAACACAUUGCACUUGGUAUAUAACCGAACAAGAGGGGCAUUGUUAACACCAAAGGUGUCAUUUCCAGUUCCAGAAAGUGAAAACUCUGCUGUGUAUUCCAUUCUGCACUGUGCAUUUGUCAAGUCUAUUCAGUAGACUCUAGCUAAACUCUAUGGUCCUUAAAGAUUAUUGGUGUACUUAUUAGGAUCAGCUAGAUCAGAAAUUGAUUGGAUGAAAUAUGUGGCGAGUAUUUUGCUAUUCCUGAAGUGGAAAUUGGCAGCUUUGGUUAAUGCCUCCAUCUUUAAACUCCAGAGGUGUCUUGAAGCGAUGGAUUCCUCAUCAACAAAGUAACAGAGCGGAAGAAAGUAUGACGGAAGUGGAGAAGUUGUGUUUUAAAAUGUUUUGGAACUGCAAGGGAGACUAGUAGAGGGGAAGGGGGAAAGGACGAAAGCAUGACUUGAAGCAGAAAAAAGUGUCUGCACGUUUAUGUGUACUUGCAUCUUAAAAAAAAUGUGUUGCCUCUUUGAAGACAUUGUGAGCAUUGCAAAAAGUAUAAAAAAAAAUAAGACAAUGACUAGCGUACGUGAGUUUAAAAAAAACCCUGUCAAGUCUUGUAUGAGGAAACUCAUGUUGUUUAUGUCGUUUCUAGAUGUAUCUUGUACUUAUCGUAAUAAACAUGCGUUUGCUGGAUGUAAAUAACCGCAUGUUGAUGACUAGUUUUGCUACACAGAGAGAAAUAAAUAAAAUGGACUAUUUUUUAUUAAGAUUGUUUUUAAUUCCUUUCUGGCAGUGGUUGUGAACUUGUGUUAUUGGGUGACUCUUACACAUUCACCAUUCAAGACCCUUUGACACAUUUAUAGAUUUCAUUACAGCACACAAGACUUUCAAAUACAACUGCCAGUGGUUACACCAGAGAUUAGCCUUUUCACUACCUCAGGAUAGGACAGUUUUGUCACCAUAAGAUGGACCACAGCUUUAAGCCUUCACUCAGUACAUUUAUCAUACUGUGAAAAACACAAUAAGUAUUUUCUAGAGGUGGACAACCUGGCUUCAGAAGUUAUAGUCUUCCAUCUAGCUAGUUGUAAUAAAAUCAGCAUUAUACAGUGCUGCUUGAAAGUAUGUGAACCCCUUGAGCAGUUCAGAUAUUUCUGUUGUUUGUUUACCAUGAUUUUCUUACUGCAUCAUCAUCAUCAUCAUCAUCAUCGCUUUGUAGGCUGCCAUUUUGACCAGGACUCCCUGGCAGAAGAGAUUCUUAGUCUCAAUGGGACAAUCCUGGUUAAAUAAAUAAAUAACAGUUUUGUACACAUGAAAUGUCACAUAUGUUUGAUCAAUUGCCUGUAUUCGUUUAGUGGAAUUUGUUUAAGUGGCAGAAAAACUACAUGAAACAUGGAAUUAUAGUAUGUUCAAAAGUAAGUGAACCCCCAGCUUAAUUUGGUAAGUCAAGCAGGUAAUAGGUUAGGGUAACACACAUGCUUAGUUAAUCAUUUCAGUAGACCAAUGAAAUAAGACAUUAUUGGAAAAGUGGCCUGAACUAAUUAAAUGAGAGAGGAAACCAACCAAACCAACUUGGCCCCACACACAUCAACAAUGCCAAGAGGAAAGGACAAACAGUGAAGCAUGGUGGAGAUGUGAAGGUCUGGGGCUGCUUCUCUUUUUCUGAAACUAGACUCCAUAUUAUCCAAGGAACCAUGUUAACAUAUUAACAACUACUUGAUAUUAUUAAGUAUUAACAACUACUUGACCAAAUUACCUGCCAUCAGUCAGACAGUUGAAUACUGAUUAUUCAACAAGACUUAUGGAUAAAAGCAUUCCAGCAAGUCUACAAAGGAGUGACUACAGAGGUAGUAGGGUCAUACUCUGCAUUGGCCCAGUCAAAGUCUAGAUCUUAAUCCUUCUGUGAUGUUGUAGUGAGACCAGAAGAAGAUGCUGUAUGCCAGGUGUCCCUCCAACCUUUCUCAAAUGGCUGAGUUCUGCAGAGUUCAGUGUUUGGAAAUGGUGCUUUACAAAUUAGGGUUUGGAUGUCUGUUAAAUAAGGUCCUUUUCUCUUUCGCAAAAACAUUGAUGAUAUCUGGAGGGUUCACAUACUUUUCAAGCAGCACUGUAUGCAUAAACAUAAUUGAGCAGUUAGAAACAGUUGAUUUCGAGUAUGUACAAUAAUGUUUGACGGCAGUCCAGGUUGCCUAUAACAGUAUUUUUUCCCAAAGCGCAUUGACCACCAUCACAUUUUUUUGACAGGAGAUGUCCAGCCCCUGUGAUUCCUUUCCAGUAAGAAAGCCAUUAGCUCUUUGUCCCAGUCAGAUCAAUGCCUCCACAUGUCUCGCUAAUUGAGUGCUGGGGUGGGAUUCGCCCUCACUUGGCAGCAGCUUUGAUACCUCUAUUCUUUAGCGCUAAUUUUCAUUCUUCCCUCCCUUUCCUUCUUUCUCUCUUGCUCUCCCUCCCUCACUUCUUCCCUCUUUCUGUAUUUCCUUCUCUUCUACAUACUAUACACACAAGCAUGCACGCGGAUGUCCACAUGCUCACAGUGUGGAGACUAGGGAGUAUGGAUCAGAGCCCAUCAUGCUGGGUUGACUUGAGAAGUUUGCGUGCUAAGCCACAGAUCACAGGGAAGGCUGAUGGCUGACCGAGAUCCCCGGGGGGGUUAGUGAGCAAGCAGAGUAAAGUCUUGGGCUAAUGAGACAGACAGAGAGCACUUGAGCUUACAGGCAGGGGGGAGGAAUAAUCAGUGGGACUCAGCUGUUAAAGCACCAGAGUACAACAUGUAAACAACAGCACAAAAAUAUGGUUUGCUGUUCCAAGAAAAAACAUGUCACAGUUUUGUUACAAAAGGGAGCCAAGGUUCUGAUGCCAAUACCUUGAAAAAGAACGAUACUUCUCAUUUUUUUUGGUAAACCAAGUCAAAGGUAAAGUACCAAUUGUGCACGUUUUUGUUAUUUGCUCUUGAUACACUUCCAUUUUAAUGGAAUUUGGCCACCAACGGCCAAAUAACAACAACAAAAACACCUCAGGGAUCCCUGCUGACUUAGCAGGAUAUGAGCUUAUUGUUGGGUUCAGAUUUGAACCCCCCCUUGAAAAUGUACAGGGAGGAUUCACAGCAGGGUUGCUGCACUGUUACUGGGCAUUGCUAAUUUUACUCAUUCCAGCUGAGGUGUUAGCUGCGCUGGCAAGUUUUUGUAUGUGCUGUUUAAUACAAUUGGCACAAAUACAGAGCAUAAAAGCUCAGAUAAUGUGCAUUGUGAAUAUGGGGGAACAUGUGUGGUCUUGGUAGGUUAUGGCUGUGUCUGGAAUGCUGACAACAUCCCUCUGUAGUGCACUAUAUGCUUUUUAUUAAAAAGUAAAUGUUGGGCUGUUUGCCUUAAAUGUUAUAGGACCAUUGUGGAGGUGGACAGCAAUGGUGGGGAGAGCUACUUGAAGGGGUAGGGUUGGGGGAUGACACAGGUUGCACUCGAACCUGGGUCCCCAUCGGCAUGCAAGCCCAUUCAUGGACAGGUGCCUUAGUAGUCUGCACCACAGCGCCCUACUACUGUAUGCUUAGAUCUCCUAAAGUUGCUGCUGCUUUUACAGACUGCUGUCAGCUAGAGCUGCAGGGGUGGCUCAUCUGUGUUUUUCCCCCCAGAGGCUGCUGCCAGGCAGCGGUGCCUGAAAGGCCUUAAUUACUCAUUCACCCUAAUCUUAACUGCAAACCUGACCUUAUCUCUAACUUUAACCCUAAAAUCCUACCUAUUUCUUAACCCUAAUUCAAAAGCUAACCCAUCUUAACCCUAACCCUUGUUUGGGUGCUGUGUCUGGCAGGCACGCUACCUUGAAGACACCAUGGAGGGGAAAAAAACACCAAUGACUGCAGGGACAAUGCAGAAUCACAUAGGUAUCCUAAGCAUUUAGCGCCUCAGCUUAUUCUGAUUAGUAAUACUUGUCAUCCAAGCACUGGGGUUUAUUAUAACACAGACAGAGCAUGGUGUUUGAAAUAAAGGGUAAAUACAUAAUGUACGUUAUGAAUGCAGACGUGGACAGUGGGUAAGGAAAUGGGCUUUAGAUUAGGGGGUUGCCAGUUGGAAUCCCACCCUACCACUCCCCCUUGAGCAAGGCACCUAACCCCACAUCGCUCCAGGGACUGUAACCAAUACCCUGUACUUGAAGAAACUUUAAGUCACUUUAGAUAAAAGCAUCAGCUAGGCGUAAUGCAAUGUAAUGUAAUAAAAAUGUAAUGAAUGCAGGUUGGCCCAUCUGUUGUAAGAACAUACUCUAAGUGACAUGAACUGACAGACCCCUAGAGAGUCCCCUUCUCUAUUUCCGAAACAAAUGAAGACAAGUGCAGUGAUGGUGGUAGUGGGAAGAAGAAAUAAUGUUAUGUCUGAACUUAAUGGAAUGCCAGUGUCAGGGUCAAUUUAGCAGCAUUCACUAUAGGCAUGAACACAAGCACAAGCGAUUGCAAGAAUGCAUUCAGCACACAGGUUAGAAAUGGCAUACACCUUCCAUUCUACCGAGGAGGGUUACCAUAAUGUUGGGACAUCACAGAUGUCAGGUUGUGGCCAUUUUGCAUUUAGCUACAUUAAAUACAUUAACCCUCAACUACAGAUAUGUCCAGCAUAAAGUGCAACUAUGGCAACAGCUAGAGGUGGUAGGGUACAAAAAAAAGGCUCAGGCAUUUUUGCACAAACCCCUCUUAAUUGUGGGCCAGUCUCCAAACGAAAAUACAAACAUCCCAAUAGUAUUGGGCCCUGACGAAGGUCGGCACAUCGGGAAAUGCCCAGUAAGCCAGAUUGCCUGGUAACAGCUAGUGUUGAUUAGUGCAAAUUCUUCCUGGCACCCCCGGCAUAUGCAGCCCUUUUCCCAAUGUGAUAGGUAACUAGAUAAAAUAUAGUAGGUAAAUGUGUGGUAAAGGUUUAAAGGUAACUGCUUGUAGCCUAGAUAAAGAGUUUUGUUUUGUUUGUCGUGCACUUCUACAUUUUCAAUAAUGUGAAAUAACAUUAAUCCCUUUUGUAUUUUUUUAAGUUUUGAAUUGGAAAACUAAGAGAGCAAAAAGUUAAC